CCCCGGGGGGGGGUCCCGUGGGAAAUUUUAAGGGGUGACAAGAGUGUGUGUCCCCCCCCCCUCCAAGCUCCCCGUGGUGCCGUCCGGGCUGGCAGCUCCCUCCCUUGCCCAGCCCUGGCGCAGUCCGGGCCGAGGAUGCUGAAGCGAGGAGGGGGGGGCUGAGCGCCGGACGCCGCCAUGGCCACGCGGGAGGCCAGCGCCAGCCCCGUGGUGCGGCAGAUCGACAAGCAGUUCCUGGUCUGCAGCAUCUGCCUCGACCGCUACCGCAACCCCAAGGUGCUGCCCUGCCUCCACACCUUCUGCGAGAGGUGUCUCCAGAACUAUAUCCCGCCCCAGAGCCUGACCCUCUCCUGCCCCGUCUGCCGCCAGACCUCCAUCCUGCCCGAGCGCGGCGUGGCCGCCCUGCAGAACAACUUCUUCAUCACCAACCUCAUGGAGGUGCUGCAGCGGGACCCCGACAGCUGCGGCCCCCACCCCGGCCGCGGCCUGGACCCCGUCAGCGCCGUCACCGGCCAGCCCCUCUCCUGCCCCAACCACGAGGGCAAGGUGAUGGAGUUUUACUGCGAGCCCUGCGAGACGGCCAUGUGCCGGGAGUGCACGGAAGGGGAGCACCGGGAACACGUCACCGUGCCGCUGCGCGACGUGGUGGAGCAGCACAAGGCGGCCCUGCAGCAGCAGCUGGACGCCGUCCGUAGCCGGCUCCCGCAGCUGGCGGCGGCCGUGGGGCUGGUGUCGGAGAUCAGCCAGCAGCUGGGCCAGCGGAAGCAGGAGGCGGUGGCCGAGAUCGGCAGCACCUUCGAGGAGCUGGAGACGGCGCUGCGGCAGCGUCGCGGGCUGCUGGUGCGCGACCUGGAGGCCACCUGCGGCGCCAAGCAGAAGGUGCUGCAGGCGCAGCUGGAGUCGCUGCGGCAGGGCCAGGAGAGCAUCCUCAGCAGCUGCGCCUUCACGGAGCAGGCGCUGCACCACGGCACGGCCACCGAGGUGCUGCUGGUGAAGAAGCAGAUGAGCGAGCGGCUGAGCGAGCUGGCCAGCCGCGAGUUCCCCGAGCACCCCCACGAGAACGCCCAGCUCGACUACGUGGUGGAGACGGAAGGCGUCCGCAAGUCCAUCCUCAACCUGGGCGUGCUCAUCACCACCAGCGCCACGGCCCACAAGACGGUGGCCACGGGCGAGGGGCUGCGGCACGCCGUGGUGGGGCAGCCCUCCUCGCUCAGCGUCACCACCAAGGACAAGGACGGCGAGCUGGUGCGCAGCGGCAGCGCCAGCCUGCGCUUCCAGGUGACGGCGCCCGACGGCGGCGCGGCCGAGGCCGAGGUGCAGGACAACAAGAACGGCACCUACGAGCUGCUCUACACCCCCCGCGCCGAGGGCGACUUCCUCCUCUCCAUCCUGCUCUACGGGCAGCCCAUCCGCGGCAGCCCCUUCCGCGUCCGCGCCGUCAAGGCUUCCGACGUCCCCCCCUCUCCCGACGACGUCAAGCGCCGCGUCAAAUCGCCCAGCAGCGGCCACAUCCGACAGAAGGCCGUCCGGCGGCCCUCCAGCAUGUACAGCAGCGGCAAGAAGAAGGAGAACCCCAUCGAGGACGAGCUCAUCUUCCGCGUGGGGAGCCGUGGCCGGGAGAAGGGGGAGUUCACCAACCUCCAGGGCAUCUCCACCUCCAGCAGCGGCCGCAUCGUGGUGGCCGACAGCAAUAACCAGUGCGUGCAGGUGUUCUCCAACGAGGGGCAGUUCCGGCUGCGGUUCGGGGUGCGGGGCCGCUCCCCCGGCCAGCUGCAGCGCCCGACCGGCGUCACCGUGGACAUGAACGGGGACAUCAUCAUCCGACUACGACAACUCGCCGACUACGACAACCGCUGGGUCAGCAUCUUCUCGCCCGAGGGCAAGUUCAAGACCAAGAUCGGGGCCGGGCGGCUGAUGGGCCCCAAGGGCGUCGCCGUGGACCGCAACGGCCACAUCAUCGUGGUGGACAACAAGGCCUGCUGCGUCUUCAUCUUCCAGUCCAACGGCAAGCUGGUCACCAAGUUCGGCAGCCGCGGCACGGCCGAGCGGCAGUUUGCAGGGCCCCACUUCGUGGCCGUCAACAACAAGAACGAGAUCGUGGUGACGGACUUCCACAACCACUCCGUGAAGGUGUACAACGCGGACGGCGAGUUCCUCUUCAAGUUCGGGUCGCACGGGGAGGGCAACGGGCAAUUCAACGCCCCCACCGGGGUGGCCGUCGACGCCAACGGCAACAUCAUCGUGGCCGACUGGGGCAACAGCCGCAUCCAGGUGUUCGACAGCGCGGGCUCCUUCCUCUCCUACAUCAACACGGCGGCCGACCCGCUCUACGGGCCGCAGGGGCUAGCGCUCACCUCCGACGGGCACGUGGUGGUGGCCGACUCGGGCAACCAUUGCUUCAAGGCCUAUCGCUACCUGCAGUAGCCACCGCCGCCGCCGCCAUGGGCACGGGGACGCAGCCCGCCGACCCCCGGAGCGACGCCGUGGAGGGGGGGUGGGGUGGGGGUCCCACGGCUACGACCGCCCCACGGCCACGGCCGCCCCCCCCCCGCCCCACACACGCACCCCCCCCCGGCCAUGGCUGCCCCGGCUUCACGUGCACUUUAUCGGGGGGCGGCCGGGCCCAGAGCAGGGGCGAGGACGGGCCCCGCCAGGGUCAUUUCGGGGGGGGGCCGGGGACCCCUCUCCUGCCCCACGGCGGGGACGGCAGCCCCACGGACCUGGCUGCCGGGGGGGACCGUGGGGCAGCUGUGGGGCGGCCGGUGCCGGAGCCUCGCACCCCACGGGGGCUGCCCCACACGCCACGGGGGCUGCCCCCCCCCCAGCAGCCCCGACUCCCCGGCCGCAGCCCCCCCCCGCCACGAGGUGGCCGCGGGUGCCCGCCUGCCCCACGGCGUGGGGGGGGGGUGUGGGGGGGUGUGGGGCGGCCGCCGCACGCUGACAAAACUGUAUGUACAAAAUAAAAGUAUUCUGCAAAUACC